AUGGGCGCCAUCCAGAGCCAAUUGCUCCCCAACGGUACCACGUGGCACCGCAGCUGCGCGGCCGCUACUGGCGUCGACGUGUUCGCUAUGGGCCAAUUCCCCACGACCGCCUCGGCCAAGAACAUGACACAGUCGCGCGACUGUGUCAACUAUCUGAAUCAGCUCAACCAGAAGGCCAAUGCACUGAUUCAGUGCGAGACGCACGUGGGGAAUCAGACGAUCGUUCUGGCGGAGCUCCUCACGGAUCUGCUCAUGGGCAAGUCGAGCAAUAAGACCGACACGAAAGAACGGACUGCAGCGGACGCGGACAAUAUGUCCGGCAGCGCUUCGCUUGCGGCGGAGGAGGAGCCGACGGUCGCGCCCGCCACAGAGAGCCCCAGCGCCGCUUCGGGCUCGAAAGACGCGGUAACGGACCAGGACGAGCCGAACAGAGGCGCCGAGCGGGGCACGAGCAGUGCGGGCGUGACAUUGACGGCCUCACUCGCUGCUGUGGCUGCAGUGGCCGUCACGGUACUCGCGAGUACGCUCUAG